GCUGCAUGCCUGGCAUGUCGGAAGAGUAAGGUUCGCUGUGAGAAGGGCACUGAUCCCGUCCGCUGUCGACGAUGUGCUCAGACCGGUGGGGAUUGCAUCCGACCAACGUUCAACGUUGGGAGACGGAAGGGCGUCAAGAACAGCAAACGCAAGGGGCUCGAGAAAGCCCUCUUCCAAGUUGAGGAGGCUCUCAAGAGAGCCGGCCCGGGCGUCCAGGGCACUGAUGCCAAUAAGGCCAUCUCCGAGCUCAAGUCUAUGCUGGCUGCUGGGCAGGAAUCCCGGCUCAAUGGCCCACGGUCUAGAAAGGAAAGCAUGGGCCGCCGGGAGUCCAUUAUCUCACAGAGACAUGUCCAGCCAGAGGAGCGCCUUGCCGUCGACGAUGCCGAGAAUCCGUUGCAGCUGCUGGCCCGGGCGUCAAAUCUGCAUCUGUCCCCCGAGUCGAGCCACGGCCAGUCGCCGGCCACCGCCACGUCCCAUCUCCCGGCAAAUAACAGCGCUGAGGAGAUGGACCCCCAGAUGAGACGAGUAGAGGCCUUCUUCGGAACGACGCAUUUCAAUGUGGACCAGGGAGAGGACUAUGACCCCAUCGAUUUAGGUUUGGUGACGGAGGACGAGGCUGAGAUGUUGUUCGACUUCUUCCACAAGAAUCUUGCACACACCCGCUGGGGUCUCGAUCCAGCUCUAUACACAGUUCCAUGGACACGCGCCCGCUCUGCAUUUCUCUUCACUUCCGUCAUGGCCGCCUCAGCACUCUUCAUCGAGUCAGCCGCCGCACUGUCAAAGCGGCUCUCGAAGCACUGCAAGUUCCUAGCAAGAAAGGUCACCGAGCUGAGACACCGGUCGACGGAAAUUGUCCUUGCGUUCAUGGUCAAUGUGCCGUGGAUGAGCCCUGGAGUGCACAGUACUGACGACGAGACGUGUUGGUAUAUCUCCAUGGCAACUACCAUCGCCAUCGACCUGGAGAUGCCCAAGAUCUCCAUGCCCGCGGAGGCAUUCAGGAAUGGGGCAGCCGGUCAGCUGACGAGGCAGGACUGUAUAGAUCCCGAAACCGCACUGAGAUCUGGUGGGUUCAAAGAUGUCGACCCAAAUUCGGAGCUGGGGAGGAGGCUUGUCCGGCGCCGCGAAAGAUGCUGGCUUGCCCUGUUCGUCCUCGAGCGGGGCAUGUGUCUGGCACGUGGCCGGCCCUAUACUGUCCCUAUAACGCCUUUGAUUAGAAGAUGUGACAGGUGGCAUAUAUCAGACAUAGCCGACAGCAUGGAUGGCGCGCUGGUGUCGAUGGCGGUGCUACGGAGGGAUCUAGAUCCCCUCUUUGACACGAUCCGCUCGCUUUUGGACAAGUUCUUUGAACAGUGGUACCUCGAGUGGGGACAGACCAUAGGGCAGGGACCCCAAAAUCGCCUCCCGCCCUAUGUCGAGAUCUUGGUGACGCAUACACGCCUUUCGAUUUACAGUCUCGUCAUAAAUCAUCCUACCGCCCCUCUCGAAGUGCGGCACUUCUUCCGUACCGCUAGUCUGUCCGCUGCCCUCAAUGUGAUGCGAGCCGCCGUCCAGGGCGAGAAGCAACUCUACUCCAUGCCCAACAACACAGCCAUCAUGGUGUCAUUUGCAGCCUGCUUCGCCCUCCGUCUCAGCACGCAGAUUGCGAACAUUGGGAACGCAAACACGAACAGCAGCAGCGCGGCACUGGCACCAUCGGUUCGGACGCUGAUUGAGGAGACGGCCGACGUGCUCGAGAAAAUUGGGAAUGUCACGCGACAUCGAAACAGCACAUGUGGCCUAUACGCCAAGUAUCUACGGAGCAUAGUCAAGAAGGCAGCAGCCGGGACGGGCUUACUGUCAAGGCAGGGGAUGGGCACGCCGAGGGCCGUACAGCAGGGACAUGUAUAUGGGGAGACUGCAAGGCAGCCCACGUCCUUCAAAGAUACCACGCCAGCCUGGCCAGCAUCCAACCCAGCCGACUUAUUUCCAUUCAGCUCAAUGAGUGGUGACCAGAUCAUCGAGGCGCUGAACCGAGCUGGCGGCGAGUUU